AUGUUACAACUUUGCUUGGAUGGAAUUUUUUACAUUUUUCAGGUGAAGCCACUCAUUUGGGUCGAGGCUGUUGUCGAAAAGCACACACAUUCUAGGGUCGAGUAUAUGGUCAAGGCUAAAUCGCAAUUCAAACGACAGUCUAUUGCUAAUCAUGUCGAGGUGAUUAUACCGGUGCCGUCUGACGCAGAUUCACCGAAAUUCAAAAGCAGCGUUGGCUCAGUCAAAUACGUGCCAGAGCUGAACGCAUUUGUUUGGACGAUUCGCAGUUUUCCAGGUGGUCGCGAAUAUUUGAUGCGUGCUCAUUUCUCCUUGCCUUCAAUUAUGAGCGAAGAGGCAGAAGGGAAGCCUCCCAUCCAAGUGAAAUUCGAAAUUCCUUACUAUACCACAAGUGGCCUUCAGGUGCGUUUGUUUUCUCAUUGUUAA